AUGUCUGCGUUAUCUUUCCUCUACUCGCAGUUGUUCGUUCGCCUUCCAGUGCCGAAGCAUGACUUCACCGGCCAGACCAUCGUCAUCACUGGCGGUAAUGCAGGACUAGGGCUGGAAGCCGCACGAUAUUUCCUAAAGUUGAACGCGUCGGAAGUCGUUCUGGGGGUGCGGACUCUGUCAAAAGGUGAAAAGGCAGUACAGAACUUGGAAAAGUCCACUGGCCGAGCAGGUCUAAUCCGAGUGUUCCAAAUUGAUAUGGAAAAUUCAGUGUCGGUUCGGGAAUUUGCUGCGGCUGUUUCCAAGCUGCCUCGGGUAGACGUCUUGCUGCUCAAUGCUGGCAAGAUGGAGCAGAAGUUUUACAUUGCGGAAGAGGAUGAGAGCACCAUAACCGUCAACGUCGUCAACACAAUGUUGCUAGCCCUGCUGCUGCUCCCAAAGUUACGCAGCUCGGCAGUCGACAGCGGGUCAAUUCCCCGGCUCUGUAUUGUGGCAUCUGACCGACAUGUCAUGACGAAUCUUCCCCAGUGGAAAACACCAAAUACAUUCGCAACGUUGCGAAAGGAGACUCGGUCAGGGCCUGACGACAGAUACUACGUAUCCAAGCUGCUCCAAGUACUGUGUAUGCGGGCUUUGGCUGCGGAUACUGCCGCGAAAAGUCCUCGUGUUGUUGUUAAUGCCUUCACCCCGGGAUAUUGCCUUACCGGGCUAGUCAACAAAAUGACGGGCCUCUGGGGUUUGCAGUUGCAGAUAAUGAAGAUUCUGGCUCGGACUGCGGAGGAAGGGUCUCGCACCUUGAUCCAUGCAGCGAGUCUUGGGUGGGAGGGGCAUGGACAGUAUCUUAAUGAUUGCAAGAUUGACGAGCGUGCAUUAUCGAAGUUCGUCAAGAGUGUCGAGGAGGGACUCAUAUCAAACGGCAAGAUGCUCCAUCUUAUGGGAAUUGCGGUCAUCACAGGCGCAGCUAGUGGAAUUGGCUACGAGUGCGCACUAUCCUUUGCCGCCGCAGGUGCCGCUGGCGUAGUGUUCGGCGACUUGGAACUAUCCGCCGUCCAGGAAAAAGCCGAGAGGAGCAAGGGCCUGGCAACGCAUCCUUCCUACCAGACUCUCCCAAUCGCCGUCAAUGUGGCAGAUCCAAAACAGGUCGAGGAGAUGGUAUCCCAGACGCUCGCCGUCUUUGGCAGAAUUGACUAUAAUGUGAACUGUGCUGGGGUGGCUAUGCGUAUACCAACACAUUUCAUGAAUUUGACUGUUGAUGAGUGGGAAAGAGUCAACCAGAUAAAUGUACAUGGUGUCCUCUAUUGCAUGCAAGCGAUAGGGAAGGUAAUGCAGAGUCAGGAGCCAGUCCCGUUUCCCGGCCUACAUGGAGUGCGGACCGGACAGCGAGGCUCCAUCGUCAACUUGGGAUCCAUUCAUUCGUUUCUGUCAGCCCCCGGGACUGCUCAGUAUACAGCUUCGAAGCAUGCAGUGUUAGGCCUGAGUCGGACGUGUGCCCUAGACUUCGCCAGCGACGGGAUUCGCGUCAAUGCCGUAUGUCCCUCAUGGGUCAAUACACCGAUGAUCAAUAGCAACAAAGUGCUCGCUGAGGUCCACCAGGUCCUCGGGAAUGUCGUUCCUUUAGGGCGUAUUGCAGAGCCAGAGGAGAUUGCCGACGUCAUAUUGUUUCUCUGUAGCCCCAGGGCCAGCUAUGUUACAGGCAGUGCUUGGAUGGUGGAUGGGGGAUUCUCAUGCUCCACGAAGCUGUAG